AUGCGAGGCCUCGCUUUUGCUUUUGCAGCCCUGGUGGUUUUGGCUGCUGUACUGCUGUCUGGUCCUGUGUCCCGUAUAGUAUCCAUUCUGGGCAUCUUCAGGAAUACUUCUCCGGCUGCGGUCGCCGCAGACAAAAUUGGCACAGUGUUCAGGAAAAUCGACGAUACCAUGCAUUGUGAAGACCUUCAUUAUUACCAACCAGCUAAUAAGCUCUUUACCGCAUGUGAAGAUUCUACACUGCCUCGCUUUGAAUGGUUUCCGCCCCUGGGGAUUUCAAGAAACCGUCUAAGGCCAGCGGUUCUAUUCAUGUGA